GUGGAGCACUCCAAAAGAAAAGAUUUGUGCUAUUUUGCGCGGCUUCAGAAAGAGGAGGAAGAAUGGACGGUGGAAGAUUUUCUCAUGCUGCUCGCUCAACGAAGGUCGUCCACUUUGGCGAAGCUAGCGCUGGAGAUACUCGAUGGUGCGUCGGUAGCUAUAAAAGACAUUAAAAGAAGGGCCGAAAUUGCUAGCGCUAAAGAAGCUGCCAACAAGAAGCAGAAGAGAGCGCGCAAAAGGAAGUAG